GUGUCUGCUGGGCGCAUGUCAACUGGCCCCUCGGCCGGCGGGUGUCUAUUACAUUAUGAUUCAUAUUUGGAGUCGCUGAAAGUAUAUAAGGGGGACAUCAGGGGCCCGGAGAUCACUGCAGUUCACAGCUCAAGUCUUCUGAAACUACUUCAGCACCAAAAGACAAAAGAGCUAAAGAUGGCAUUCUCCGGAGUCCUGAAAGACGCUGACAUCACUGCAGCACUGGAGGCAUGCAAGGCUGCUGACUCCUUCAACCACAAGGCUUUCUUCGCCAAGGUCGGUCUGACCAGCAAGUCUGCUGAUGAUGUGAAGAAGGCUUUCGCAAUCAUUGACCAGGACAAGAGUGGCUUCAUUGAGGAGGAUGAACUCAAACUGUUCCUGCAGAACUUCAAGGCUAAUGCCAGGGCACUGACUGACGCCGAGACCAAGACUUUCCUGAAGGCUGGAGAUUCUGAUGGUGAUGGCAAGAUCGGUGUUGAUGAGUUCGCUGCCUUGGUUAAGUCAUAAAUGGCUUCUGACCAACAACACCUCUUGCUCUGAAGGAACAACUUUGCCCAAGACCUCCCAUUUUCAUCUUACUAUAAAUAAUUUUUAUACACAUGAUGCUUAUGAGAAGUUUCCUCCCAUGAAGCACACUGUCAAAACGAUGACUGUGAAUGUAGCGGUUGUGUCUCCUGUCUUAAAUAUGAACUUUGCUUACUGUAAAAUCUGAUGCACUUUUACGGGAACGGACGAUACGAAAAGAAUAAAUAUUCUUUUUCAA